AUGUCCGAUCCCCAGUCGUCCCGGCCGCUCGCUCCUGCACCGGGCCUCCCAGAAACGCAGCAUGUCGUGACAGAAGAGGCCAAUCCCGGGCGGAAACACAAGACAACUGCGUGCCGGGCAUGCAAGCAAAAGAAGCUAAAGUGCCGGGGCGACCCGCCGUGUCAGCACUGUGUUGCCAACGGGAUCGAAUGCCAUGUCGACGAAAUGGCCGACAUGCGCCGGAAAACCGCGAUGAAGCGCAAAGUCGAUCGUCUCGAACACUCCUCCGAUACAUUCGAUCGCCUCGCUGACGCGCUGCGGGAGACCAAGGACAAACGAUUGGCGCAAGUGCUGAGCUUGAUCCAGAGCAACGCAUCGGUGGAGGAGCUACACGAUUACCUGGAGGCGAAUUUUACGCGCGCGGAGAUGGGCAAAACAGCGGAGCUGCAGGAUCUACAACAUCAUUUACGGCGCUCGUCGGAUGAGCCUGAGGAGGAGGAUCCCCCGGUAUCGCGCCCUCCGCGUCGCAUGCUCGACGUUCGGCGGCUGGCCGAUAGUCCGAUCUACCGAGUACCUGCCAAGCCGUGGACGACGGUCACUGAUGAUGACGAUCUUGUUUCGCAUCUCGUCUCGCUAUUUUUCACCUGGAGCUUCCCGUACUUUUGCUGGAUCGACCGAGAUGCUAUUAUUAGUGCUAUGCAAAGCGGCGACUUGCAAAACCCGCAUUGCUCGCCGUUCCUGGUGAACGCGAUUCUCUCUGAAGCAAGUUACAAUUCCGACUACACUGAGGUGUAUACGGUCCCGGACGAUCCACUAUCCCGAGGUGACCAAUUCUACGACGAGGCCCGUCGGCUUUUAGAACAAGAGGAACAGGAAGAAAGCCCUGCGAGUAUCGCGACUAUCCUUGGUCUUAUGAUCAUAGGUGUACGACUAACAUGGGCGGGCAAGGAUCGGGUAGGUGUGAUGUACAUGAACCUGUCAAGUCGCGCGGCGGAGGAGUACGCCAAUGCGCACCCUCCCCUACCGGUUUACGACGAACCCACUCGAGCGGCUGGGAACGUUGUGAAUUGGACACUCUGGGGUAAUUUCUGCUUGGCAGCAUCUGCUUCCGCAUCGUUCAUGAAGCACAUGAACGCGCAACCACCGCAACGACCGCGGGUUUCCAUAUGCCACUCCAACCGCAAGGACGUCUGGUCACCCUAUCCCCUAGGUGAGGAUCCGGUUCCCGGACACUAUAGCUGUGUUUUUGAUCGCUGGUGCGAUAUUUGUUGCAUCGCUAUUAGCAUCACCCGGUCCUUCUAUUCAGCUGAGGAUAGGCGGCCUCCUUCGGAAACUUCCUCUGUUGUCAGCGAUAUCUACCAGCAGUUGCAGGGAUGGUAUGCGAAUCUUCCAGACUGUCUGAGGGCGGAGACGACAACGGUACCCCAUGUUCUUUCUCUUCACCUCUUCUACCACACUACCGUCAUUCAGCUCUUUUGGGUCUUCCAAUCGUACAAUACGCCCGAUCUGGAUCCGAAAGCGUUCGCCUCAGCUAGGACGACAACAUACCUCAACGCACGACGCAUUGCUCAAUUAAUCAGCAUUCACCGCAUGCGAUGGGGAAUCGAUCGAAUGCCUCCUUCCACGCUACAGUGGAUCACGAUCGGGCUUUUCGCACUCAUAGGAGCCCUUGAUUCACCCGAGAACCGCACCGCCUUUACCGAGCUGUGUACCCUCUCCCGCGCGUUCUCGAGGCGGUUCCCCUUGGCCAAAGGAAUCUUACGCAUGCUCCAGCUCACCGCACAACAUAUGAACAUCACGUUUCCCGAAGAGACGGACGCUCUAUUCAGCUCCUUUGCUGUUGAGAAUUGGACGGACAGAGAUCGAGAGUCGUUUAGCAGUUUGUAUCCGCACCUGAUGUCAGUCAUCAAACACGGUCCGGCUCGGCGCGAGGACGGCUCGCUGGAUCAAUUUCUUCAAAAGUGGGACAACCUGGCCCUGGAAGAUGGUGUCCGUCACCCGCGCUCAGGUGUUGCACAGAGCGCGAAGUAG